GGCAUAUGUAGUAUAACUAGACUAUAGUGUUUUAUUAUUUAAUAAGCAGUUUAAGAUUUUGCCGAAUUUUGGCCGAUAUUUGGCCGUCGAUGUGUUUUUCAAUCUGGCAACCCGUUCAGAAGUCAGUCAGUCAGAAGAACAUAGAACAGUCAUGGCAGCUCGGGCUGGAGAUGAGUUUGAAGACUCUAAGGAGUCGCCGGCAUUUCUACUGGAUGAAGAGGGCUUACUCGCGAAACACAGAAAGGAAAAGAAGGAACUUCAAGAUGACUUCCAGGGAACCAGGAAACAGCAAUAUCCUGAAAAGUACAGGCUGGAACAGGAAUGGUUCAAGUCUGUCACUGUGCCGCCAUUCUUAAGGGAUUGCUAUUCUGUCCUGGACAUGCAGAUGUUCCAAGACAUCAUAUGGAACAAGCCAGCAACUGAACUUCUUAACGAGUACAGUUGCUCUGUGGAGGAAAUGGCUAGCCUGUGCUGUAACGGGUGGCUGUAUUCAUCACAGUUGGUGUGGCUCAUGGACCGGGUCAACGACCGCCAGACCUGUGCCAUUGGAUUAUGCAGCAGUGCAUCCAGUCCAGAUGAGCUGCGCCGCCUGGCUGCCAGCAGGGACCAAGUUGAGAGGCUGGUCCUAAUUGUCAGUGUGGGGAGGGCUCAAACACAAGCUGGAGUCGAGACCUACGUUAACAGUUUUGGCCAGCAGUCAGGUGACCACUGGGCUGUGGUGACUGUUGAUUUGACAGACAUGCCCAAUAUUUUGUACUGCGAUACUCUGGGGUGGGACAUUCCAAAUAACCUCAGGCAGCACCUAGAGCAGUUCACCUCUGUCUUUGGCAUCGUCAGCCUGGAUUACUCCACAAUUACUCCCAUGCAUCCUCCCAGUCCCAUUGCCGUUGGGCACAAGCACCUGUGCACCAACAUGUGCUCAAACUACCCACUGCAGCAGUGCAGUACUGUAUGUGGUGUCAUUAGUGGUGUGUGUGCUGUUGUAGCAGCCCUUGAUCCUCUUUUUUUCCAGAAACUCACAGGCCACAGAGCCAGUGAUGGACUGUUUCUGAAGCACCCGACCAAGUAUGCAAACUACUUGAGGAGGGUGCUCAUCAGAUGGUUCAUGACACAAGAUCUGGAUUUGAGUCUUCUCAUGCAACGCUUACCUGAUAACAGCACACACCAGACAAGCACUGGCAACAACAGCAAUGACAGAUGUAAACAGAAAAGAAAAGCAGGGCCUUCAACCGAGGAACCAAAGAAAAAACAUCCCUCAACCUCAGGCACACAUACAAGCAAAGCGAACAAUGACACAACCAGCCAAGACCAAGCCAACAUAAAGGAGAAUCCUCACCAUCAACCAUCAAACUCAGAACAAACAAACUGUCAAAAAGCUGGCAUUUCCAACACUGAACCCAAACCACAAACACCAAACGCAGAGAAAAACAGCACUCGUCAGUCAGGCACAAGCGACAUUAGCAAAAAAAGCAAACACAGUCAUGAGAACAACUGCAGAUAUGAUUCAAACAUGCCAAAAUCAGAUUCGCGGAGUGAAACACCAAACACAAGUAAAAACACUCCACCUUCUGCUGCAAACAGAAAAAGUACAUGGACUUGUCCAUUCUGUGACAAAAGCUUUGGGUCAAGACAAGGUCUAUUUAGUCAUAAGAAAAGAGUUCACCCCACAGAACAAGCACUUCACGGCAAAAAACCACCAACUCUAUGUUCAGACUGUAAAGUGUUCAGGUGCUUUUCAAUUCAAGGUCUCAUAAAACACUAUCGCAGCAAGCACAACAAAGUCAUGGCUGUCCAGAAAAAAGAUUUUGCAAGUCACAACGAAUUUAUUAAUUGGAAGCAGCAAGUAGAAAAAAUGACAAAAUCACAGUUUAUACGACUGUCUGGCAAAAGGCAAGAUAUAGGUUGGACCGUUUGCUACUAUUCCUGUCACCGUUCUGGCACACGAGAACAUGUUCAAAAUCGCAAAAGAGCUUUAAAGAGGCAGGGUUCAUGCAAGAUUGGUUUUAAGUGCACCUCAUACAUAACUACUCGUGAAGAUAAAGUAAAUGGAAGUGUGACUGCUGAAUUCUGUCUUGAACACACAGAUAAAUGCCAAAAACUUGCACUCACACAACUUUCUGAGAACCUGAAACAUACUAUUGUAAGGAAACUCAAAAAAGGGCAUGAUGAAAAAACUAUUUUAAAUGAAAUUAGGAAUAAAGUAACAUGUAUUAAUCAAGACACUCAAAGCAUAAAGCAACACUAUAGCUAUGGUAUUUCUCAUGCAAGGAGAGAUAAAGAUGAUGCAAAAAGCUGUCACCUGUGGGUGGAGGCCCUGAAUGAAGACUCUGACAAUCCAAUAAUUUACUUCAAACAAAAAGGUAAUUCACACGAGACACUGGGAAAAGAUGACUUUCUUCUAUGUUUUCAAACCGAUUUCCAAAGAAAUAUGAUGCUACAUCAUGGAACCAGAAUUAUUUGUGUAGACUCCACCCAUGGCACAACACAAUACAAAUACUUUCUUACUACCAUUCUGGUGCUGGAUGAGUUCCUAGAGGCCAUUCCAGUAGCAUGGGCCAUCUCUAAUACCAAAGAAACAAAGAUAAUGACAGUCUUCUUGAAUGUUGUCAAAAAUGCUUGUGGUCAGUCCUUUGUGCCAGAUGUAUUUAUGAGUGACCUCACAAAUAAUUUUUAUAAUGCCUGGUGCAGUGCAUUUGAACAACCACCAAAGAAGAGACUCUACUGCUCUUGGCAUGUUGAUAAAGCAUGGCGUAAACAACUCGGAGAAUGUUUUGGCAAGGACUCUGAACGUCGCCUUCACACAUAUAAUCUUUUAAAAAUGUUACAGACCGAAAUACUGGGAUCUGAGUUUCGAGCUCUGCUCCAGUUCGCUCUGAGUGACUGGCAAAUAUCCUGUCCAAAAUUUUACGCAUACUUUCAUGAAAAUUACUGUGAGGACAACAAACCUGCAUUUUGGGCUGGUUGCUACCGUAUUGGAGCUCUGGCAAAUGCAAAUAUGUUUGCAGAAUCUUUUCACCACUUACUGAAAACCAAGUACAUGGAAAACCGAGGAAACAGGCGUAUUGAUGAGCUUUUGGUAAUACUACUGAAGAUAGCUAGAGAUAAAGCUGUUGAGCAAUUACUUAAACAAGAAAAAGGAAAAGUUACCAGUUGUAUCACUGCCAUCAGAAACAGACACAAUAGAGCUGUCAGCAUGACCCUAACAGGUAUAAAACGAGUUAAUGCUGAAGAUCAAGAGGGCUGGACUUUACCAUCUUCCACACAGCCUGGUCGUUCGCACUUUGUCCAAAGAACAGACUGUGAAGAGUGUUCUUGUGAACUGGUUUGUGAAAUUUGUCAUAUUUGUAUCCACAUGUACACCUGUACCUGUUCAGAUUUUCUUUUAAAAUGUGUUAUAUGUAAACACAUUCACGCAGUCCACAUGAAUCUGGAACCUCCAGAUGAAACCGAAUGUGUGCAAAGCUCUGAUGAAACUGAGGUACAGGAGGCCGACUUGUUUGAGUCUGUUCUGUGUUGUAACAAACUAGAAGAGCGGAGUGUUGACAGAGAAAAACAACUGCAAGCCUCAGAAAGUGUCCUUUUCAGUGUACUUGAAUUUAUGCGAAAUGUUGAUGAUGCCAAUAUUCAUCAAGAUAUGCGAAAUGGUAUGCUGAGUGUACUGAAUAAGGCCAAGGGUAUGUUAAAAGUCAAACAAAAAGGUACAAGUAUAUCAUGUUUUGAGAGAAAAGAAAAGUUAGCAUCGAAUAAAAAGUCAGAUCCACAGGUACGCUUUGAAGUACCGAAAAGAAAAGAGAAACCAGACCUUCAAGAUAAACAGAAGGUUAGAGAAGCCCUUUCCUCUGUCUUGGUAAAUGUCUGCUCAGUUUGUUACAGUCAUGAUUGUAAAACUUCAGAAAAUUCUGCAGUCAGCUGGAUUGAAUGCAUAGGCUGCAAAGCUUGGUUGCAUGUGCAAUGUGAUGACAGUUUGCAGAGAAUGGGAAAGGGAAUAGCAAUAGUUGUGAAUUACCACUGUCCAACUUGCCGAAACUCACACUAAUCUGUAAUCAAGGAUGACUUCUUUUUCUUUUUUGUUCCCACAUGGGGAUGGACUUUUGCAUGUGUGGAUUAUGUGAUAAAAUAAAAAAUCACCAACCAGUUUACAAAUUUGAACAAAAGUUUGCUUUUUACCACACAGUUGUACAUACAUAGCUUUUUAAAAUCUCUACGUUGAAUACAGGACGACUUAUUAACCAAGUGUUAAAACACAAUAGAUAUAUGUGUUGUGCAUAUAUAUAUUGUACACACGCACACACACAGCAUUCAGGAAUGGACAGUCACUGCUGAAGGCAGCCAUACUCAGUCUCUGCUGUGAGAGAUGUUAUUAAAGAAAUCAGGAGAAGGGCUUUGAACAUAGAAGUCUUGUGAGAAAAAUUUCAAAGUUGUCAGUGCCUGUCAGAUGUAAGUGUAAAAGCUUUUGUAGGCGGUUGUCUGUGUACAUCAGGGUGUUUGAGUAAUGAUUUCUGUGUACAUCAGGGUGUUUGAGUAAUGAUUUCCGUGUACAUCAGGGUGUUUGAGUACUGAUUUCUGUGUACAUCAGGCUGUUUGGUUAUGAUUUCUGUUUACAUCAGAGUGUUUGAAUAAUGAAUUCUGUGUACAUCAAGGUGUUUGAAUAAUGAUUUCUGUGUACAUCAGGGUGUUUGAAUAAUGAUUUCUGUGUACAUCAAGGUGUUUGAAUAAUGAAUUCUGUGUACAUCAAGGUGUUUGAAUAAUGAUUUCUGUGUACAUCAAGGUGUUUGAAUAAUGAUUUCUGUGUACAUCAGGGUGUUUGAAUAAUGAUUUCUGUGUACAUCAAGGUGUUUGAAUAAUGAUUUCUGUGUACAUCAAGGUGUUUGAGCUAGCAUUUGCGUUUGCCGUGAUUUUGGCAUUUUUCCCCCCAAAAAAGGGAAAAAAGACACCGCCGGGAAUAAAGUUUUUUAAAAAAUAAAAAAUACGAGGAAUAAAACUUGAAAAAAA